UAUCCGUAAUUUCACAAACCUCGUCCUCUUUCUUUCUUCUUCAUUCCUUCCAUUUGCAGGCAGCUUUAGAACAGAAAGCGAGGCCCACCCACAAGUGUAUCGCAAUCGUUUCUUCUUGUGGUUUAAGCUUCUCUCUUUCUUCUUCUCUUCGUACCAACGUUUUCUCUUUCAAAACUCUCUCUACAGACUUGCACAGAGAAGAAAAAAAAAAAGGAUUAAAAAGUCCCUUUGAUUCCAUCUCUGUUCCGAUUCCUUUCUUCCCAAUGUAAUUGAUAUCCCUUUUUCUCCCAAUUAAAGAAAUAUUACCAGUGAAUUAAAGUUGUCUUGGGUUUUCGUUUCUUGGGAUUGCUGUUUGGGUUUUCUUUGUUUUCAGACGUUGACGAUUGUGGAAGAUGAAAAACGAGGAUCAAACCAGGUCCCUGUUUGGGAUUUCGCUCACUGAUCGACCUAAAUGGCAGCAGUUUCUCAUUUGCAGUUCUGGGUUUUUCUUUGGCUACCUUGUUAAUGGUGUUUGUGAGAAAACGCAAGAGAAUAAAGCUAAAUCUCUGUAUAAAGCAGUGAACGUUCUGCUUUAUGAACAUGUUAUUGGUUCGCAGGAAUAUGUGUAUAAUCGUCUCAAGUUCAGUUAUGGAUGGUACUUCACAUUUGUCCAAGGAUUUGUUUAUCUGGCACUUAUUUAUCUCCAAGGUUUCACCACCAAGCAAAUGGUUAACCCAUGGAAGACAUAUGUGAAACUGUCAGCUGUUCUCAUGGGAUCUCAUGGAUUAACCAAGGGCUCCUUGGCUUUUCUGAAUUAUCCAGCACAAAUUAUGUUCAAAUCUACCAAGGUGCUUCCUGUUAUGAUAAUGGGAGCCUUCAUUCCUGGCUUGAGAAGGAAAUACCCUAUUCAUGAGUAUAUCUCUGCUCUUCUUUUAGUGAUUGGAUUGAUCCUCUUCACCUUAGCAGAUGCACAGACUUCUCCAAAUUUUAGUAUAUUAGGUGUUGUUAUGAUAAGCGGUGCUCUUGUCAUGGACGCCUUUCUCGGGAAUUUGCAGGAAGCCAUUUUUACUAUGAAUCCUGAUACUACACAGACUGAAAUGUUAUUUUGCUCGACUGUAGUUGGCCUCCCUUUCUUAGUAGUACCGAUGGUGUUAACGGGAGAGCUGUUUCGAGCCUGGACUUCCUGUGCUGAACACCCGUAUGUCUACGGAGUCUUGGUGUUUGAAGCCAUGGCAACAUUUGUUGGUCAAGUGUCUGUUCUAUCCCUCAUCGCCAUUUUUGGCGCUGCCACAACCGCAAUGAUAACAACUGCAAGAAAAGCAGUCACUCUUCUACUUUCAUACCUCAUAUUUACCAAGCCAAUGACAGAACAACAUGGAAGUGGGCUGCUUCUUAUAGCCAUGGGAAUUGUACUGAAGAUGUUGCCUGACAACAAAUUGCCUUCAAGACCAGCAAAAUCUUCACAUAGAGUAGAUGAUAACCAGUUAGAUGAGGGAAAAGAAGAAGAUGAAGUGAAGAGGCCAUUGGUUUAAUUAUAUAUCCUUUAAUGGAGUGUUCAUGUAGUGUGUCUAUCAAAUAAAGAGUUUCCCUUGUUUUUUUUGUUAUGAUUUUUUUUUUUUUUUUACUUAGAUUUCCAUAAGUGCUUAUUUAUUCUCUUUUACGUUUUGCAAAGUUGUUACUAGAAAUGAAUGUAAAGUUAGAGAAAAUAGAGAAUAUUUAUACCCACAAGCUUAUUUUUCACUUGUUACCCAAUGUCAAUUUUGGAAGUACAGCUGAUUGGUAAAGAUUUUUUAUUUUUAUAUUUUUGGGUUA